AGUAGCUCCACACACACAGUCCACACACGCAGAAGCUCUGGGAUACUUUUCCCUAACUCUUCACUUCUCCUCAGCACUCCUUCUUUUUUUCCUCCGCGGACACACUUCUCCUGCUUUGACUCUGUUAUCUACUUGAAAAUGCUGCUCAUCCUGCUUGGAGUGCUUAUCUUGCACCUUCUCAUCCUCAUUCUGCUCAUAGUGUCAACAGCAGUCAGUGCGUGGUCUGUAACUGGAGGCUCCACCACAGAUCUGUGGUACAGCUGUCUGACAAAUAAUGGAGGAUACCACUGCAGACCAGCCAGCAACGAAGACUGGAUCCAGGCGGUCCAGGCCCUCAUGAUCCUGGCCGUGCUCUUCUGCUUCUUCUCCCUCGUGGCGUUCCUGUAUCAGCUCUUCAAACUGGUCAAGGGUGGACGCUUCUUUUUCACCGCCAUCUUCCAGAUCUUGGCGAGUCUGUUCGUGAUGUGCGCGGCCAUCAUCUACACUGUGAUGAGUCCAGACGAUGCCGAUAAAGCCUUCGGUUAUGCCUACGUGCUGGCCUGGGUGGCGUUCCCGCUCUCUCUCAUCAGCGGCCUCAUUUAUAUCGUCCUGAGGAAGAAAGAAUGAAAGUGGAAGCGAAGGGGGAAAAGAGGAGGGGCCAUUUGAAGACCCCGUACAACAACAUCGCACUGUGCCUACUGCCCACAGACCAGAGACUGACACCAACGAAAGCAACUCAAGUGGAUAGGUCGCCAACACUUUUUAACACAAACAGGAAACGCUUAUCAAUGAUGGGAUUUUAGCCCCGCCCCCCGAAGCAGGAGGCAAGGGCUGUUGUUUUUGGUUCAGUUUUAACACUUUCGCAGCAAAACGAUUGGUUCAAUUCAUACCAAAUUGGGUUUAUAGAUCACCAGUGACCCAGAAUAGAUGUCAUUACAUUUUGG